AUGGCUUACUUUGACCAAACAAAACCAACUGAAUUAAUCACAGAUGCAUCGCCAUGGGGGUUAUCUGCAAUGCUUGCUCAAAAUUCAACACAACAUGAUGAUCGCCGAAUUGUGGCUUAUGUUAGUCGGUCGUUAUCUGAGGUAGAGAGAAAAUAUUCACAAACAGAACGCGAGGCACUCGCUAUUGUUUGGGCUAUGGAACGGUUGCAGAUAUAUUUACGUGGUGGUAAGUUUACUUUAUACACCGAUUGCAAGCCCAUUGAACUAAUCCUAGGAAACCCGAAGUCCAAACCCCCUGCACGCAUAGAACGCUGGAACUUAAGAAUUCAGGACUUUGAUUUUGAUAUAAUGUACACUAAAGGCAGUGAUAAUCCCUCCGAUUUUUUAUCCCGCCACCCCUGUCAAGAAACAGGUAACAAACAUGAAAUGUCAGCAGAACAAUAUGUAAAUUUCCUCACCAUGCAUGCAGUUCCAAAAGCGAUGACAAUACAGGAAAUACAAGAAGCUACUAAACACGAUAAAACUUUACAACUGCUUACUGAAAUUAUUCGCAAGCAAGCAUGGGGCUCCAUAAAAGACUUGCCAACAACUGGAGAAGACGUAAGUGAAUUGAAUCUGUUUGCAAAG